AAGCCAUGGGAGCAAAAGAUUCGUUUGUUAUCCACUGAUUGAUAUCCUUAUCAGAGCAUGAGAGCAAUAAAUGGUCGCCACAUACUUCGCCAACCAGAAACAAAAAAAAAAACCCAAAUGGCCACAACUUAAAGUGAUCUCUUUUCCGCUUCAAAUUCAGAGGCAGAGGGCCCUGUUUAGUUAGGAAGGAGGAGAAAUGGAAGCAGCAGCAAUAGCAGGAGGAGGACAGUGUUUACAGUACAACUACUGCAGCUCAGCAAAGCCAUCUCUUGUUGCUGCAACAACUUCUCCUUCUUCUUCUUCUUCUUCAUCCAUCCCUUUCAGAAACAACAGUAGCAACAGCUGCUUGAAAGGCCUCAAAUUAAGAUCAAAGAAUCAGCUUCUGCAGCAGAGUAUUACUACUACUGGGUUCCCUCGUCAUGUAGUUCAAGCUUCUUCAGCAGCUGAAACCACAUCCACAACUACUGCUACUGUUCAAGAAAGAUGGAUUCUUGUUCCUGUUGGAGAUGGGGAUUCAAGUCACAUUGGAUUUGAGGUUAAGAUGCCCGGCGCCUUUGAAAUUGCCUCGAAUGAGGUGACAGUCGGGCGUGUUCCUGAGAAAGCUGACAUGGUGAUCCCAGUUGCUACAGUGUCUGGAGUGCACGCUAGAAUCCAGAAGAAAGGAGGGAACCUGUUGGUGACGGAUCUGAACAGCACCAACGGCACUUUCAUCGGCGAAAAGCGCCUCCGUCCUGGCGUCGCUUACACUCUCGCUUCCGGCGACGUCGUCAUCUUCGGGGACAUUAACCUGGCAAUGUUCAGAGCUUCGAAAUUGGAGAACGUGGAAGUUGCUUCUAAUGGCUCGCCGGCCGACGAAGAAGAAGCAGUUGCAGAGCCUGAGAAGUCGUCGGAAUCUACUAGUAGUUAGACUUGUAUCAAGGAUUCAAUAUAAUUCGGUUCUGAUCUAGUCAAUUUAUUUGCUUCCGAUGAUAUAAACUACAACGAAAAUUCUAUGCAUAAUGACGAAAAUGAAAUCAAUCUGAUUCGACCCAACGUCGAUUUUCGGUACAAUAUGUUUGUAAGAAGAACUUCAAUAGUAAGGAUUAUAGUGCAUGUCUCUCCAUGUUUA